GAGCAGUAUGGAAGACACGGAACGAUAUUUAACCAGCUGGAGCAUGGAGUGACGUGGGAGACAUGGGGUCAGAGUCUGUGAAGGUGGUGGUCAGGUGCAGGCCCCUGAAUGACAGGGAGAAGGCUCUCAGCUCUAAGGUGAUCCUGUCCAUGGACCUGCACCGUGGCCAGUGUUUAAUCUCCAAACCCGGGGCGGGAGACGAGCCCCCCAAACAGUUCACCUUCGAUGGGACCUACUACAUCGAUCAGACAACUGAGCAGAUGUACAACGAGAUUGCAUAUGCUUUGGUUGAGGGUGUCACUGAGGGAUACAAUGGCACAAUUUUUGCCUACGGACAAACUGGAAGUGGCAAAUCUUUCACCAUGCAGGGGGUGUCUGAGCCUGCAGCCCAGAGGGGCGUCAUCCCCAGGGCUUUUGAACACAUAUUUGAGAGCAUUCAGACUUGUCUCGGCUUCAUUCGCCAGUGUGCUGAAAAUGCCAAAUUCCUUGUGAGGGCCUCUUACUUGGAGAUUUACAAUGAAGAAAUCCGAGAUCUUCUGGGAAGCGACACUAAACAGAGGAUGGAGCUGAAAGAGCAUCCAGAGCGUGGAGUGUACGUGCGGGACCUCUCCAUGCACACCGUGCACAGCGUGGGAGAGUGUGAGAGAAUCAUGGAGCUUGGCUGGAGGAACCGGGCAGUGGGAUACACGCUGAUGAACAAGGACUCCUCCCGCUCCCACUCUAUCUUCACCAUCCAUUUGGAGAUCUGCAGCACUGGUGCGGACGGCGCUGACCGUCUGCGCGCCGGGAAGCUCAACCUGGUGGACCUGGCGGGGAGCGAGCGGCAGUCCAAAACGGGGGCCACCGGGGAGCGACUCCGCGAGGCCACCAAGAUCAACCUGUCCCUCUCCGCCCUGGGCAACGUCAUCUCGGCCCUGGUGGACGGACGCUCCAAGUACAUCCCCUACCGGGACUCCAAGCUGACCAGGCUCCUCCAGGACUCGCUGGGAGGAAACACGCGCACCCUGAUGAUCGCCUGCCUCUCCCCCGCCGACAACAACUACGAGGAGAGCCUGAGCACGCUGCGCUACGCCAACCGGGCCAAGAGCAUCCAGAACAGGCCUCGGAUCAACGAGGACCCCAAGGACGCCCUACUGCGGGAGUAUCAGGAGGAGAUCAAGAGGUUGCGAGCCCUCAUCACCGGCCAGCUGGGCACCGCUGGCCGUUUAUCUGCUCCGACGAGGCAACAGUCCAGCGCCACCGGGGAAAAGAGAGAGAAGAUUAAAGAGGCAAAUACACAGCCUUCCCACACCAGCAUUUCUCCUCCCUUCCGUGCGUGCAUUGAGUACGAGGAGAAGCUGGCCAAGCUGCAGGCCGAGUACGAUGCGGAGCAGGAGACCAAGGCCAAGCUGCAGGAGGACAUUUCUGCUCUGCGUAGCUCCUACGAGUCAAAGCUGGAGAGGGUCCAGGCCAGCAGGGGGAGCUCCGCGCCCAGGAAUGCAGCCAGCCCGCGCUGUACCAGUAGGGCCUCUGAGGACCGCAGCCCCGCCUCUGACCCCCUGGGCCGCAGUUCACCUGGAGCCCUGGAAAAGGUAUCGCCCACCGCCGCCGUCCGCUACAACCCCGGGAGAUCCGCCGUGCCCGGGGCUGCCGGCGCCGUCCAGAGAGAUCCAGCUGGACACGGGGCCGCUCAGUCAGCUGAGGGCGACACAUCCACACCCCUGGACCCCAAAAACGUCUUGGAAAGACUGCAGCAGCUGGAGAAAGAGGUGGUGGGCGGGGAACAGGCCAGGAACAAAGAGCUGCAGCAGAGGCACCGGCAGAGGAAGACCCUCGCUGACCAGAGGAAAGACCGGCUCAUUGUGGCUCUGUCCGAGGACGGCGAGGAGAGUGAGAGUGUGCUGCUGGAGGUGUACGACUCAAUCCAGGAAGAAGUCCACGCCAAAAGAAAGAUGCUCCUCAGAGCCCAGGGAAAGCUGAAAGCGGCCAAGCUGGAGAUCCGGGACCUGCAGGCGGAGUUCGAGGUGGAGCGGAACGACUACCUGGCCACCAUCCGGCGGCUGGAGAGGGAGGGCCAGCUGCUCAGCGGGCUGCUGGAGCGCAUGGUGCCGCUGGUGCGCCGCGACUGCAACUACAGCAACCUGGACCGGCUGAAGAGGGAGGCCGUGUGGGAGGAGGACGGCGCCACCUGGAGGCUGCCGGAAGUGACGGUGCAGAAGACGGCCCUGCCCUCAGCGGUGGCUCCGAAACUCCAAACUCGCAAAGGGUCUUGUCCGGACGCGGGAGAGCUGGAGGCGCCGGCUCACCGCUGUGUGGCUUUGCAGGUAGGAGAGGACCGGUACAAGGAGAUGCUGGAUCGGAGGGACAGUGAGAAUGUGGCCAGCAGCUAUUUCAAGUCGAAGAGAGCCAGCCAGCUGCUGGCCGGCGAUGGCGGAAAGGCUCACGGUGAGACACGGAACCGCUCUAACACACAUUCACUCAGGAAUGGUUUCAGCGGCUCCACCAUGAACCCUCCCGUCAGCUCGGACCCUUUCCUGCCUCGUCCCUUCCGUCUGGAGUCUCUAGAUAUCCACGUGUCCAAUGGGAAAGCAAAGCGUAAAAAAAGCAGGCCUCACAUCCACAGUGAGGGCCUCUGA